UCAACCGAGCAGCGCUCAUCAACGUGGGCUUCCUGGAGAGCAGCAAUAGCACGGACUACAUUGCUAUGCACGACGUUGACCUGCUCCCUCUCAACGAGGAGCUGGACUAUGGCUUCCCUGAGGCUGGGCCCUUCCACGUGGCCUCCCCGGAGCUCCACCCUCUCUACCACUACAAGACCUAUGUUGGCGGCAUCCUGCUGCUGUCCAAGCAGCACUACCAGCUGUGCAACGGGAUGUCCAACCGCUUCUGGGGCUGGGGCCGUGAGGACGAUGAGUUCUACCGGCGCAUUAAAGGAGCCGGGCUCCAGCUUUUCCGCCCCUCGGGAAUCACAACUGGGUACAAGACAUUUCGCCACCUGCAUGACCCAGCCUGGCGGAAGAGGGACCAGAAACGCAUCGCGGCUCAAAAACAGGAGCAGUUCAAAGUGGACCGGGAAGGAGGUCUGAACACUGUGAAGUACCAUGUGGCUUCCCGAACGGCCCUGUCAGUGGGCGGGGCCGCCUGCACUGUCCUCAACAUCAUGUUGGACUGUGACAAGGCUGCUACACCCUGGUGCACAUUCAGCUGAGUUGGAUGGACAGUGUGGAAGCUUGUGCGUACAGGCCACGUUGCUCAGGCUCAGGACAAGGCCUCAGGUCCCAGGCCCAGCUCCAAGAGGAUGUUGAGUGUCCGGGACCAAGACAGCAAGCUACACAACUGCAGCCGCCCGGCCACCGAGGCAGGCUUGAGCUGGACCAGGACACAUGGGGUGCCUGGGACGCUGCUAGCCAUGGACAGUGAUCAGAGAGAGGCUGGGAUGUGUCCUGAGUGGGACCCCCCCGCCUUUCUGCUCACCCUACUCUGCCCUCCCUCACGUGCCAAGACCUGUGGGCAGUGGGGAGGGCUGAACAGGACAACCUCUCAUAAACCCCGCUUUUGUUCCUUCCCACUGGGCCGCCUUGUGCAGAGACACAGCAUAGGAGCCAGCAGCUUGCAUAGGUGACAGUUGUGACUGGGAGGGUUAGAACUUCAGAAACCCGAGCACAAGCCCCACAGAGGGGAACAGCCAGCACUGCUCCAGCUGGUUGUCGCCGUGCCGGAUUGUGCGUCUAGUGUCGCCAGAUCCUCUGAUUUUUCGAAAGAAACUAGAAUGCUGGAUUCUUAGGUGAAAUCUUCUGAUUUUUAAAUGAUAGCACCUAAAUGAAACUUUCAAAAAGUUUG